AUGCGUAAAUAUUUGUCCAAUGCGUUUUCGGAACGGUCACUGAGAGAACAAGAGUACCUGGUAUCUGAGGUCGUGGAUCUUUUCAUUGAGAAGAUUGGUAAAAAGGGAGAUGACGGAGUUGAUUUGGUUCUUUGGUUAAAUCUCACUACAUUCGACAUCAUUGGCAACUUGGCUUUUGGUCAGUCGUUUGGAGGUCUGGCUUCCGGGACUGAGCAUUUCUGGGUGUCUAUUGUGGUGAAAAGCCUGGGAAUGGGGGCUCUCGCUGAUUGCUUCAAGCGAUUUCCCUAUCUGGCAGCCAUCUUCAUCAAGUUAUUCCCCAGUCUUCUUAAAAAACUGAUCGCAGAUACCAGAAGACACGAGGCCUACACGAUUGAAUUGAUAAAAAAGCGAGUAAAUAAAAAGACCGAUCGACCAGAUUUCAUCACACGAAUCCUUGACGCCCGUGAAACAGACGAGAUAUCGGAAAUACAGAUCGCAGCACAUGCGUCUGACUUUGUGAUUGCGGGAAGCGAGACAACAGCUACGGCAUUGGCAUGUGUCACCUAUUAUCUCCAACGAAACCCUCAAGUUCUGGAGAAACUGAAAAAUGAGAUUCGCUCGAAAUUCAAGGAUUACAGCCAAAUCACAGCAGCAUCCACUGCGUCGAUGGAAUACUUGAAUGCUGUCUUGCUGGAGGGCAUGAGGAUCUAUCCACCUUUGCCUUUUGCGCUCCCGCGGGUUGUACCAGAGGGAGGAGAUACAGUUGAUGGGCAUUUCUUGCCGGCUGGUACCGUCGUCUCAACCAAUCCCUUCGCGACGUGCAUGUCCUCCGAUAACUUUAGCUCCCCCUGGGAUUUCAAACCCGAGCGUUGGAUCGGUUCAAAUAAGCUGGAUAACUUGGAGGCCUCGCAACCUUUCUCUUAUGGCAUAGAAGUAUUGGCUAAGAACAAAAACAGUCUUGGAUGGAUGGAAUUGCGAACGAUUUUGGCGAAACUAUAUUUCAAAUAUGAUCUUGAGCUGAUGGAUGAUACUUUAAAUUGGCAAGAGGCAUCAGAAAUGCAUACGCUAUGGAAAAAGCCUAAGCUUAUGGUAAGGACAAAGCCUAGGGGAGACAAGGUUUGA